UAGAGAGCAGAGGACAAGCAUUCACAUAUGUACAUGACACAAUAUUCUCAAACUGACCUUGGACGUCGCGGAUGAUCUGCCGCAUGGUGUGGCGCUGCUCCCGGCGGACCUGCGGAUCCCACUCACUCCCGUCGGCCAUUCCGCUCUCCUCGCACUUGUCUUCUUCGCCCUCAUCAGGACCGGAUGCCUCGUCUGCCUCAGUUUCCUCUUCCCUGCUAGCGACCGCUUCUUCCUCACUCUCGCUCAUUGUCACUCGAGGCUCUGCAGCUCCAGGAGGGACUGGUCGGUGUGAGUGCCGCUAGCUGAUCGAGUGUGCUCGUGGGUGAAGACCUGCGCAUGCGCAGGCACUGCGCACCAAGGAACAGCUCAAUGCUUGCACGGAGGACGGAAAGAGCAGGUCGUGGGCUGAGGAUCGCUGGGGAGGGAGCUACUGUAGUGAUCGACAUAGUCUGCAGCUAUGGAGCAGCUGAUGGUGACCUGAGGGAGGUGGAGAGGAGAGAGGGAGUGGAGAUGAAGCUGGGCGAGGCUCUAGAGCCGCUUUAUUUGGUUCUAGAUGACGCUCUGGCGGCCAUGAGAGAGGGAGAGGUGUGCAGACUGGAGCCAGUCCCUCGGGCCUUGGCUGGUGACCUCCACGACCUUCCCAUUGACGUCGUCUCUCUCAGCUACACCCUGAGCCUCGUCUCCUUCACCAGAGCCAGACAGCUAUGGGAGAUGGAGACUAGCGAGAUUCUCUCACUGGCCAGUCGACACAAGGAGAGAGGAGGGAAGCUGUUUCAGGAGGGUCAAGAGGGAGCAGCUGCUGUUUGCUACUCUCGGGCAGCCAAACUAGCAGCAGCAGCAGGAGGAGGAGGAGAAGGAGAAUUCAAAGAUCUGCAGGUGGCUCUGGGUCUGAACCUGGCAGCCUGUCAACUGAAGCUGGGGCAGGCCGACCAUGCCUCCUCCAACUGUUCCCGAGUCCUGGAGCUGGACCCAGGGAACGUGAAGGCUCUGUACCGCCGCGGAGUGGCCAGAAUGAGACUGGGAGACCUGGACGAGGCAGAGGAGGACCUGAGGCAGGCGGGGAUGGGGAACACUGCUGUGCAGAGGAGACUGAGGGAACUGACUCAGCUGAAACAGCAGCAGUCAGCCAGACUGAGUCAGGCUCUGAGACCUAUGUUCAGCGAUAGUUUGUGAUACACUGUGUUCAGUUCAUGAUACUAUGUUCAACAAUAGUUCAUGAUACAUCAGUUCACAAGUAGAGUUCAUGAUUCCUCGGAACAGAGUGGAGAGAUUGAACUACGAGAGAAAGAUUAGCUACGAAGUAGAGUCAGUUGCUUGAUGAUGUCAACCAGGAGGUUGCUAUUGGCAACCUCCAGUGACUGAGUAUGUGGUGUGCUGCCGUCUCCAUUCUGUGCUGGAACCAGAACUUGACGGUCCUGCAGGAUCUUGAUUGCAUUCCUGAUGGUGUCUGAUGAGCAGCUCUCAACUGCACACACCAUUCAGGGGAAGGACACAAAGGAAACUAUACAACCUCACAAUAUGCAAGACCAGCUUGCAGGCAUACCUCGAUACAGCUGAGCCUUCUCA